CGGAAAUGAGAUUUCCCUCCACUGAAAUCUAACAAGUGUAGAACAACUAAUAUGAAACUCAUUAUUGAAGCGGUCAAGAAUUAAUUAUUAGAAACGAUGUUUUUGUUGAUUACAAAAUUUCUACUAUUCAAUAUCCUCAUCAUCACCGCAUCUAAUGCAGGAGAUGCCCCUGUGGUGGCUUCGUUCUCUUUUCCAUCUGCUCUCAAAGAAGGAGAACUUGGAAGUGCAAUUUGUACAAUUCGAUCAGGUGAUAGACCUUUAGAAUUUCAAUGGUUGAAAAAUGGCGAAAAAAUCAUUCCAAACGAUAAUAUCGAUAUACAAUCCGUAAGAGACACGUCUUCAAUUCUGACCAUCGAAUCGGUCAGUUCUCAGAGCUCAGGAAAUUAUACAUGUAUAGUCAAAAAUUCAUUUGGAUCUGACAGGUACACAGCAAAUUUAGCUGUUUCUGCACCCCCAAUUUGGGUGAAUGAACCUUUGGAUGUCAUGGCAAAAGAAGGAGAUAGCGUAAGCAUCAAAUGCCAAGCAACUGGUGUACCUCAACCAAAAAUAACUUGGACAACAGUUAAGUUAACCAAACUAUUUGAAUUUCUUUUAAAGUUGUGA